UGACAGGACGGACAGAUAGCUUCAGAUAGUUGACCGGUAAAUGUGGAUGCCAGAAAACAGGAAGAUAAAGAGCACGAAGCUGAGCAAGUUCAGUAAUGUCACACAUCUGUCACCGUGUCCUUUCACACUGCCGAUCUUCCCAUAAGCUUGCAAAACUGCUGACAUGCCAUCAGUUUCCAUGUAGUGGUCAAAUUGUCCCAAGAGCCAUGUCUUCUCAGACACAGUACCAGUUCCAGACUCUCAAAGUGUCCCAGGUGAAGGAUUAUGUCUCACAAGUAGAACUGAACAGACCAGAGAAACGGAAUGCCAUGAACCAAAUCUUCUGGGGGGAAAUGGUGGAGUGUUUUAACCAGCUAUCAGCAGACCCGGAGUGCCGUGUGGUUGUGUUGACAGGGGCAGGGCCAGUGUUCACAGCAGGGCUGGAUCUGUCUGACUUGAACUCGGUGGUCCCACGGGAAGAUGACAUUGCCAGGAAUGCUAUGGUAAUACGCAGACAUGUUAAACAGAUGCAGGAGAGCUUCAAUGUCAUUGAGAAGUGUCCUAAGCCUGUGAUAGCUGCCAUCCACGGACCAUGUGUGGGUGGAGGUGUUGACAUGGUAACAGCCUGUGACAUACGCUACUGCACUCGGGAUGCAUGGUUCCAAAUCAAGGAAGUAGACAUAGGUAUAGCUGCAGACUUGGGCACUUUACAGCGCUUCCCCAAAGUGGUGGGUAAUGACAGUCUGGUGAGAGAGCUAGCCUUUACAGCCAGGAAACUGAUGGCUGAUGAGGCUAAGCAGUGUGGACUUGUCAGUUUGUUAUUCCCGUCUAAGGAGUCCCUGUUAGCAGGUGCCCUGGAGACCGCUACAAUCAUUGCCUCCAAAAGUCCUGUGGCUGUGCAAGGAUCAAAGGUGGCCAUGGUCUUUGCCAGGGACAACUCAGUACAGAACUCACUUGAACAAGUGGCAAUGUGGAACCAGGGCAUGCUACUGAGUGAAGAUGUGAUUAAGGCAGUGACUGGACAGAUGCAGAAAGAGACCCCUGUCUUCUCCAAGUUAUAACACUGGGAAUCAACUGAAGCCAGGGUCAGAUGCCAUGUACGUGUGGGGCAGGGAAAUGCAUUGUUCUGAUUGAUGGUGAUUUACUGACCAGUUCUAGACAGCUGACAGUGAUUAAGUUCUCCAUUCUAGUGGAUUCUAAGUGCAGGAUUGAGCAUUGGAAAAAUUUGAAAACAUCAGCAUCAGCAUUGAGAAUCAGGAGUAUAAAGGACUUUAAUGAUUUUUUCUACGAUAGAUUGACAACUUUUACUGGACAAGAAACCAGUCUCACGUUUCCAAAAGUCUUUGUAAACAACUGUGUGGCUAUUCAUGUUCAGAGGCCACCAGUCCAAGGGGUUAUUUUGAGGUGUAGAAGAAA